AUGGCUUAUUUUGGAAUUAUGAGAUCAGGAAUUUCUGUACAAAAAUUAAUAUCAAGAAGUUCAAUUUUUUCUUUGUUAAGCUCAUGGAAAAUUAAAAAUAAUGAUGUAUGUUUAACCACAUUUGGAACUUGUUCUGUGUUUUACAAAAGCACAGUUUACAAAUCUUCUAAAUUCUACUCAGCAAGAGGUCUUAUUAGUACAUUUCAUCCAAAAGUAAUGAUCAUGAACUGUAUAACAUGGGAAAUGCCAUUUACCACGACAGCAGUGGAUUUUCGGAAAAAGAGAAACGGCCAAGAAACAAUCAAACCUAUUGAUGAUGUUGAGGAAAUAAUUGAUGAUCGCUUUUUGGAAGAUCCAGCAUUUGAAAUUUUAAGACAUGACUCAAAUAUUUUAGGAGUUUUUGGUUCUGAAUCUGUAACUAUAAGAGAAGUGGGUGUAAUAGUUCUUCAGCCAUGGGUUAAAUGGGGAUAUAACAAGAGAGUGGAUACUUCAGGGCAGUUAAUGCUGGAAGAAGCAGUUGCUUUAGUUUCUACACUGCCAGGCAUUCACAUUCUAGAUAAGGAGAUCGUGCCAGUAAGAAGCUUAGAUAGAAAGGCAAUAUUUGGUUCCGGGACGUUAGAUCGACUUGUUUCCAAGGCACGCUCUUUGAAAGGGGUGACUUGUGUAUUUAUCAGCAUUGAUAUGUUGAAGAAAUCGCAAAUGGUAGAGCUUCAAGAACAAUUUGGCAUGAGGAUUCUUGAUCGCUAUUCUGUAGUGUUGGGAAUUUUUCGGCAUCAUGCACUCACCAAAGAAGCCAAAUUACAAGUUGCAUUAGCAGAAUUACCGUAUAUCAGGAAAAGAAUAUCAGGUGAUGCUGAGCGUCUCAUGGUAAUGGAGAGAGAGAAGCGCCUGAAAGCUGCUCUCAGCAAAUUAGCUGGUAUCCGAGCAGUUAUCAGACGAAGCAGAAAAAAAUCCAGCCUACCCACAGUGGCAGUUGUUGGCUACACCAAUUCUGGUAAAACCUCCUUAAUCCAUUCUAUCACUGGGGAUAGUCGUGCUGAGGGCAGAAAUCAACUGUUUGCUACGCUAGAUGUAACAGCUCAUGGUGGCAGACUUCCAUGUGGUCUUGAAGUUGCUUUCAUAGAUACUGUUGGCUUUAUUCAAGAUAUUCCAACAGAACUGAUAGCAUCUUUUAAAGCAACACUGGAAGAUGCUGUGUAUGCAGAUGUGAUUGUGCAUAUACGUGAUGCAAGUCAUCCAGAUUAUGACUUACAAGGGGCUACAGUUAGCCAAACACUUGCCUCCCUUCCUUUCCCAGACAACACUCCCAUCAUCACAGCAGCUAACAAAAUUGAUCUGGGAUUGGUAAAACCUAAAGAAGCAUUUGGAGAUGUGCAUUUAGUCUCUGCACUGACUGGUCAAGGCUUGAAUGAGCUACUAUUAACCAUACAAACUGCAGUUUUGAGAGUGACUGGUCGACGUUCUUGGAAGUUCACACUGCCAACAGGCUCUUAUCAAAUACAGUGGUUGCGAAAUGCUGCUGGUUUAGCUUACGAGGAGAUAGAUGCAGAUAAUCCCCAGACUACACAUGUCAUCGUUGUUUUAACGGACCAGGAACUGGCUGCAUUUCAAAGAAAUUUUGAAAAAUAACUGUAUAUAAUAACACUUUAUUAUUAUCAAAUUAAAGUGGUUGUCUGUUCCA